AUGGACGACGCUUUGGCUGCCGAUGAAGCUGCAAUCCAGAAGCAAAUUCAGGAUAUCGAAGGUCAGAUUGCCGCUAUCUCUCUUGAACUCGGUGACAAGACUGUGGACAAGGAAGAUGGUGUGUCCAUCGAAGUCCCGACUCCGAGCACAGUUCCAGGAGAUACUUCAGAGGCCACUUCUGAUGCUUCGGAACCUACUUCAGGAUCAGCACGUCCAAAGGACUUUGAAUAUGAGAACGCAGUUGAUGAUGGGUACUACUUUGUGGGUGAUGGACCACAAGAUGAUGAAGUAGCUGUUCAUGACCUUUCCGUCCAACUGGCUCUUGCGCUUGGAGGGGACCUCAAAAUGAAGGAAGAAUCACUUGACACAGAUCAGGGGCCAGUUGCCGAUACUUUGGAUGGUGAAUGCAACCCAGCCCCAGACUCGAAACCGACUAAAUCCCGGCUCACCCGUCGUGAGCUUCUCCGCAAUGCUGCUAAAGCUAGGAUUCGGAGAAUGGUCGCCAACAAGAAGAAACGGAGUGAUUUGCAGUGCCCUCCAUGGCUGAAAGCUGAAUGGGAGAAAGGAACUGAGCAAAAGGAGAACAUGGCCGCAUGCCUUCAGGCAGUCAACUGGGACAAGGCCAAAUUCAUAGAUGAAAUGGAAAGGGUCGUGACUUCCCGCAAGAAGAUCAUAGUGAAGAAGGAGGAAGGUUGGUAUUCCGAAGCCGAGAUGAAAUCUGACUUAUGUUGGCAGCAGUCGCGAGUGACCGGAGCAAAGGCCUACUGCACGGAUCCAAAACGGCAUGCCACCCAUACCCGGACAAACGUAUAUGACAAUAUUGUGGAGUAUUGGGUGACAGUUCGAGAACAUGGAGCCUACGAAGAGGAACAUGAAAUUUUGGAAAGAAAGAAGUCGACUCGGAAGGCAGAUGAGGCUGUCGAGAUUUCCCCCGGUACUUUUGGCCAAGUCCAAGCCCUAAUGGAUCGCGGAGCCCUUGAUGGGGCGGAUGAUGCGAACAAGGAAUUGCCCGAUGGAAAAGUUGCUGAGAACAAAGCGCACUUCAAGCGAUUCAUGGACUCCGUCCUUACCAAAUCCACGAAGCUGAAGGGACUUGUGAAGGACUUGAGGGACAAUUAUGAGAAUGACACCGCGAAGCAGUACAUCAGCCAGCUUGAACAACAUGUCUCGAAGCUUGAGAAGGAAUACGAUGUGUUGACAGAGACCAUGGCCAAAGGGGAGAAUUCCAAGUAUGAUGCUGCGUGGUGGAAUCUGGCCCAUGAGGCCAUGAAAAAGGUGACUUUUGUGUCCAGUCGGGCCACUGCCGAAGAGCAGAAAGUGCGGUUCGGACCUCAACACAUUCCAGGUGCAUGCACGUCAGUGCCCAUGCUAUUCUCGCCCAGGAAAUCCAAACAGUUUCUGACCAAGAUGUCCAGCCCUGGUGCUGGCCCUGGCCUCCGACGCUUUGUCCAUGAAAUUGGCGAAGGGGUUCCCGUGGCAUGCGCAGUGGCAAUUCGUACUGCCAAAGCAGUCGUGGAGGAGGUCCCUAGCGCUGCCCAAAGCAGUGUGGCAUCUCUAGCCGCAUGUCGUGAAAACAACAGUGAGAGAGACACAGGGCGUGUAGCAAAAAGAUUCGGUUUGAAGCUGCCUAUUCCUUUGAGCAGAGUUCAGCUUGGGAGCGAUGAGAUUCCUUUCCUGAAAAUGAGUGACUGGGCUACUUUCAUCCUUCAGGCCCAUCUCUGGCACAGGCUGUGUGGCUUGACAGAUCGUGACCAACAGCGAUGUUGCGACAUUUGGCAAUCUUUCUGGACUAGGUACCAGAAAAUCGAGCCGAACCAUCCAAUUUACAAGCGCCCUGGCCACGAUUUGUCGAGAACUUGUGCACUCUUGCUGCACGGAGAUGAGGGAAGGUCUUUGCGGAAAUCAGCUCUGAUGGUUAUAUCAACCCAUUCCAUUUUGGGUUUUGGGCUUUCAACUUCCAAGCAUGAGAAGAAAUCGAAGCGCUUGGCUCAGAAACUCAAUUAUGAACAGCCUACUUGGACAACCCGAUUUUUGCUUUCAGUUCUUCCAAAGAGCUACUACAGUGAAGAAGACGAUGCUGCUUUGGAUUCCGAUCCUUUCCAGGACCUGAUGGAUGCGAUUUGCAUUGAUUUACGGAGCUUGUAUGACAACGGGAUAGAAACCAAGGAUGGUCGUUUCUAUUUCUGCGUUGUCAAAGUGAUGGGCGAUUGGCCAUUCAUACAAAAAUGUGGAUCACUAUCCCGUACAUUCAUGAACAUCUCCAAGGCUGCCAGUAGCCGUGCCCCUCCGAAGGGCAUUUGCCACUUGUGUUGCGCUGACAUGACAGGCGUUGAGUGGGAAAACUUCCACAUCCGUCCUCCAACUUGGGUUCCGACAGUGAAUACUUUGAGUGCAUUUUUGACACUGCCAAAAGUCUUGCAGCUGCCAAUGGAAGAAUCUUUCAGAGAAAAUUUCUUUUGCUUCGAUUUGUUUCAUGCAUGGCGCCUCGGAGCAGGGAAGACGUUCCUGGCAUCUUGCUUGGCAGUUUUGGCCAUCAGUUCAGCAUACCAAGGGAGCGUCGAGAGCAGGUUGGAGAAGUUGAAUGCCGAGUACAUUCAAUGGAAAAAGGCCACGGGUUUCACUUGCCAGCUCAGGAGAAUCAACAGGGCCAAACUGGGAUGGUCGGCAACAACGGUAUUCCCAGCCGGCACAUGGUCGAAGGGAAGCACCACCACAUGUUUGAUGCGUUUCUUUUUGGCAAUGUGCCAGAAGCAUGGUGAGCACGUCAAUGGUGAUUUGCUGCUUCGAUUCGCUUUUGGUGCGGCCAAACAAAUGGAUUGUUUUCUCCACGGUCUUUACAGCUGGGAGUUGUGGAUUCCAAGCAAUGCAGCAAAAGAAAUUGCUGUCUCGGGCGCCAACUUUUUGAAAUUGCAUGGGAAAGCUGUGCAGAUUGCCCACAGUCAAGGCCAACUUUUUUUUCUGCUGAUGCCAAACUUCCACCGAAUCGACCAUUUGGUGUGGGACAUGGAAACCCAGGCUGCCAAAACCAAUUUUGUUCUAAAUCCUUUGUAUUGUGCAACCCAGAGCGACGAAGACUUUAUCGGGAGACCCUCCCGGCUAAGCCGGAGGGUCUCCCCGAGACUCACAAUACAAAGAACCCUUGAGCGUAGUCUUGUUGCAGCCUACGCGCAGUAUGUGGAGAUUGGUGCCCUGGUUUUGAAAGCCUGAAGAAAUUUAGAUUGAC